UAUUCUACGUAGUAGUUCAUAGAAUUAUCUAUGAUGAUGUUGAAAAAAAUGGGGACUUGGAUCAUGUUGCUAGCAUUAUUGACUAUGGUUGGCGAAUGGUAUGGUCGUUGUUAUGGGUGUUUGGAGGAAGAGAGGAUUGGUCUCUUGGAGAUCCAAUCUUCGAUCGACCCAAAUCACCUUUCCUUGGGAGAUUGGGUGGACAGUAGUAAUUGUUGUGUGUGGGAUGGGAUCGAGUGUGAUAACACUACAAGGCGAGUGAUCCAACUCUCUCUUUUCGAUGCAAGGGAUUGGGGGUUAGGCGAUUGGGUUCUCAACGCAUCUUUGUUUCUGCCUUUUAAAGAAUUGCAAAGUCUUGAUUUGGGAUAUAAUGGAUUGGUUGGUUGCUUGGAGAAUGAAGGCUUCGAAGUCCUAUCAUCAAAACUGAGGGAACUUGGCCUAAGUGAAAACCGAUUUAAUAAUGAUAAAAGCAUUUUGUCAUGUUUCAAUGGUAACUUUUCCACUCUCAAGUCUUUGGAUCUAUCAGCCAAUGGGUUGACAGCUGGAUCAGGUAGCUUCUAUGGAAACCUUUUAAUUAUUUAG